UACUUUGUUUUUCUCUCUUUUUCGUUUAACUUUAUUCUAGGGUUUUCUCUAAUUUUGGUUCUUCUCAUCUGCAAAAUCUAGGGUUUUUGUUGUAUCUUUCAUUUCAAAAAAAGAGAAAAUGGUGAGAGGGAAAACUCAGAUGAAGAGAAUAGAGAAUGCAGCAAGCAGGCAAGUGACGUUUUCAAAGAGAAGGAAUGGACUGCUCAAAAAGGCCUUUGAGUUAUCAGUGCUUUGCGAUACUGAAGUUGCACUUAUCAUCUUCUCCACUAGAGGGAAACUGUAUGAGUUCUCUAGUUCCAGCAUGAACAAAACCAUAGAGCGGUAUCAGAAGAGAGAGAAGGAAAUUCGAAUCAAGCACAAGCUAGCACCAGACCAAAAUCUGCUGAAUGACAAUGAAGACGCUCAAAGCUUGGUAAAGAAGAUUGAAUUACUCGAAGAUUCUAAACAAAAACUAUUGGGAGAGGGAUUGGAACCAUGUUCUUUCAAUGAGCUACAACAGUUAGAAAACCAGUUGGAACGAAGCUUAUGCAGAAUAAGGGAAAGAAAGAAUCUAUUAUAUCGCGAGCAGAUUAAGAAGUUAAAGGAAGAGGAGAGACGUCUCGAGGAGGAAAAUGCAAAACUACGACAAGAGUAUGGGAUGAAACCAUUACAAUUGUCAACGAGUAUGGAAGAGGAAGGAGAGGAGACGACGGAGGUGGUGACGGAAUUGUUUAUCGGACCACCAGAGAGGAGAGGUAUAACAAAAAACCUAGUUUGCUAAAUAGUAGUUUAUUAUCUUAAUACAUUAUGAAUGGAGCUUCAAAACAUUCCAAACAAAUUGAGAAUAUGAUUUAUAUAGGAGCUAUAACUAAAUAAGGAUGGAAUUGCAAUAAAACUUGU